UCAUUUUGGAAUAUUUUCUAAAAAUUAUAUAUGAAACGCCACCGCUUCCGGUCAGGAUGUUCUGAUGACAAGCAGAAGUAGAACCCUAAUUUUGUAGAAAGAAAAUUUCCAAAUUUUCUGAAAUUGUGAGCAUCCUCUCUUUCGUCUUCUCUCUCGCUAUGGACUCUCUGCUUGCCAACUACGCCUCUUCGGACGAAGAAGAAGGUCAACAGCAGCAGCAACCACCACCACCAAAACGCACAGCUUUAACCCCAAAACCCAGCUCUCAACUUUCCUCCACUUCCUCUCUCUUUUCUUCUCUACCCAAACCCAAACCCCAAAAUUCCUCUUUCUUCCAAUCCCUUCCCAAACCAAAACAAACCCUAAUUCCAAAAUCCCCAAAUCUUGGCGAUGACGAUGAAUACCCAAUUGAUUCAACCCCCACCUCAAAACCCUCCUCGGUUUUCUCAUCGCUUCCUCCGCCGAAAUCCCGAAAUCCAAUUCAACCCAUCACCAAUCUCUCGUCAUCCGAUCAAAACCCUAGAAGGGUUGUCCAAUUCAAUCCUCCAAUCAACUCAUAUAAGUACGAUGAGGAAGAAGAAGACGAUGAGGAAGAAGAAACGCGGCGCCGAAAAGCGUCUGAAUCCUCGGUCCAGAAGUUGUCUGCGAAGUCGUUUUUGUCGUCCUUAUCGGCGCCCAGGUACUCCUCCACAUUGGGUGCAUCCGCUGGAUUGGGUUCGGGUUCGGGUUCGGGUUCAGGCAGGAGAGCCAUUGUUGAAACGGAAUCGGUUGGUUCGGGAGUCGAGAGCGGUGCGGGGGUGGAGCAGAAUGUAGAAAGUCAUGAGAAGUUCCAAUCAAAUAUUGAGCAAAGUGCGGUUAACCAUGAAUGGUAUGGUGGUUCUGAGAAUUACCAAUCUACUAUUGAUCAAAAUGCAGUUAAUUAUGAAAGCUAUGGUGGUUACGAGGGUUACCAAUCUGGUAUUGAUCGACAUGUGGAUGCUGGGGUUCAGUUACAAGCAGGAGUUAGUGGUAGUGAUCCUUCGAAUUAUGGCAAUUAUGAUGGUUAUGGGGGUUAUGCUGGUUAUGAGCAGCAGUAUGGGAAUGAUUGGGUUGGUGGGUCCGGAACUGUGGUGCCAACCAUCCCCGCUACUGGUGUAAGUGAGAUUAAAGUUGGUAAAAAAAGGGGGAGGAAUGAGGUGCCAACUGAAAUAAUUGAGGUUAAGCAGGACGAGUUGAUGAAGAAUCGGCCAAGAGAGGACCAGGCUAAGUUAACAGGAAUUGCCUUUGGGCCUUCUUAUCAGCCUGUUUCUACAAAAGGGAAGCCUACAAAGCUGCAUAAGAGGAAGCAUCAGAUUGGUUCUCUAUACUUUGAUAUGAAGCAGAAGGAGAUGGAACUCGCAGAGCGGCGUUCAAGAGGCUUCCUGACUAAAGCUGAAACACAUGCCAAGUAUGGAUGGUGAUCCGGGGGUGAUUCUUUAUCCUGUUGUACCCUGAAUCUUUUAUUUGAAAUAGUGACGUCAAAAACAUGAAAUUAUCUCUUUUACGUGUUUGCUCGAAGUUGUGUUGCUUCUUAAGAUUUGUAUCUAUCAUGAAAAUAUAAUCAUUCUUGCAUUCUA